UUAACAUAUUCGCAUAAGUAAAUGUGAUCAUGUUAGCCGUAGCCCUCAUAGCCGUGGGUGUUGUCGCCCUCUACCUGUACGGAACAAGAACAUUCAGAUAUUGGGAGAAGAGAGGAAUUAAACAUGACAGGCCUAUACCAUUUUUCGGCAACAACUGGCCGAUGUACUCGAGAAUGAAAAGCAUGUCACAAGUGGCUACUGAACUGUAUUGGAAGUAUCCGAAAGAAAGGCUCGUGGGCUUUUACCGAUCAACACGACCGGAAUUAUUGAUUAGAGAUGCGAAGCUCGUGAAACAAAUCCUUGUAACUGACUUUAGCUAUUUUAAUAUGAGGGGUUUAAAUACUCAUAAAACUAUUGUGGAGCCGCUGUCAAAAAAUCUGUUCUUUGCUGAUGGCGACGUUUGGAAGUUGUUGCGACAACGCAUGACGCCUGCAUUCACAAGCGGAAAGCUGAAGGCGAUGUUUCCACUCAUCAUAGAACGGGCUGAGCGCUUGCAGAAUAAUGCAAUAAAUGUACCGCCAACUGGAAGUGUCCUGGACUCCCGAGAAAUAAUGGCGCGGUACACGACCGAUUUCAUAGGAGCAGUCGGGUUCGGUCUUGAUUCAGAUUCAUUAAGUGAAGAAGAUUCAGCUUUUAGAAAACUCGGUGUAGAAAUAUUUAAAUUUGACGUUAGUCAACAAAUAAUACAAAUGCUCAAGGAAAUGUUUCCAGAAACAUGCAAGCAUUUAAAAAUUUUGAAAAAAAUUGAAAAUGAUGUAUUCGCUCUAGUCCACAGUAUACUCCAAAAGAGAAAUUAUAAGCCAUGUGGCAGAAACGAUUUCAUCGACCUACUGCUAGAAUGUAAGAAAAAAGGUAACAUGGUCGGUGAAUCUAUAGAAAUAACAAAACCUGAUGGUACACCUGAAGAAGUAUCGAUAGAACUAUCUGAAGCUCUGAUGGUCGCUCAAGUGUUUGUAUUCUUUGCUGCUGGUUUCGAAACUUCCGCCUCCUCUACAAGUUACACUCUACAUGAACUGGCGUACAAUCCACAAGAACAACUGAAAGUGCAAGAAGAAAUCGAUAGAGUGUUAGCGAAGUACGACAACAGAUUAUGCUAUGAUGCAGUCAAUGAAAUGAAUUAUUUACGAUGCGCUUUUAAAGAAGGUAUCCGAAUGUUUCCCUCGUUGGGCUAUUUGGUGAGGAAGUGUGCUCGGAAGUAUACAUUCCCUGACAUGGACCUAACGAUAGACGAGGGAGUUUCAAUUGUUAUUCCUGUACAAGCCAUGCAUAAAGACCCCCAAUUCUUUGAGAAACCGGAAGAGUUCCGGCCUGAACGCUUUUUAACUGACUUCACCAAUCCAUUGACGAAACAUAUAUAUUUGCCUUUCGGUGAAGGUCCUCGAGCUUGCAUUGGUGAAAGAUUGGGUCUGAUGCAGUCACUGGCUGGUCUGGCGGCGGUGCUGUCGCGCUACUCGGUUGAACCCGCGCCGCAAUCGCUGCGCCAUCCCAUCGUAGAUCCCACUUCUAAUAUUGUGCAAAGUGUUGUCGGUGGAAUACCUUUAUUGUUCCGUCCGAGGGACAGUUUAAAUAACAACUAAUUAUGGAGCUUACAGGACUUCUACACACUUUCGAUAUUGACAUGUUAAAAAUAAAAAUAAAUAUUAAUUACUGAA